AUGGCGGCACCAGCACGCCGCACAACGCAGGCGCUCGCCCGCCUCGUCGCCACCCGCGCCCCUGCGUCUGCCCCAGCCGCUGCACCCGCCGCACGACGAUACGCUUCCACCGAGUCGGCGUCGUCGUCGUCGUCAUCUGCCUCGUCGUCCUCGUCCUCCUCUUCGUCGGGAUACUCGUCGCGCGCACCCAUUCCACAGCUGCCACCCGUCGCCCCGCUCCCCUCGCGGCUCAAGCCCGCCUCGCCGAGCUACUACACCGGCCGCCCCCUCUACAUCGACACCAUCCUCCAACUCGACUCGCUCUACCUCUCCGUAAGGCGCACCCUCACCCUCGCCCACGUCCUCCCCAACAACUCGGGACCGCCGCCCGCACCCAAGACGGGCCGCAGGAACCUCUGGCUCUCGCGCGACAAGCUCGCCACCGUCGUCGGCACCCAGCUCAAGGCAUCCCAGUACCGCCAGAUUGUCACCCGCCUCGCCCUCCUCGCCCGCUUCCGCCACCUCGUCGCCGAGCACCUCGCCCCCGCCGCCGAUGACAGGCACAAGCGCGACGUGGCCGCCAAGUUUGUCGAGACCCUCGCCAGGUACAUGAACGAGGCGGCCAAGGAGGAGCUCGAGUCGACGGGCGAAAAGGCUUUCAAAAACGGAAAGGGCGUCAUUGACCAGCACGGACGCGCCUAUGCCCGCGGACGCAGAAAGGAGAGCAGCGCCCGCGUCUGGCUCGUCCCCGCCUCGUCGUCGUCCGCGCCCGCCUCGACCCCCGCCAACAUCGGCGGCCAGGUGCUCGUCAACAACACGCCCCUGCCCGACUUUUUCACGCGCAACACCGACCGCGAGACCGUCACCUGGCCCUUUAAGCUGACGGGCACGCUCGGAGGCUACAACGUCUUUGCCAUCGUCCGCGGCGGCGGCACCUCGGGACAGGCCGCCGCCAUCGCCCACGGCAUCUCCAACGCCCUCGUCACCCUCGUCGGCCAAGACAUCCACGACGAAAAGACCAGGCUCGACGUAAAGGCCGUCGCCCGCCGCGUCCUCGCAAAGGACGGCGUCCUCAAGCGCGACCCCAGGGUCGUCGAGAGGAAAAAGACGGGCCUCGCAAAGGCCAGAAAGGCUUACACCUGGGUCAAGCGUUGA